AUGACUACUAUUGCUAUCGCAAUUCAGGUCACCUCUAUCUUUGCACAAUGUUUGAAUUUCUUCAGUUAUAUUGGUCCUGACUUUCAAUCACUUUCGGAAGCUCGAGGUGCAGCAGCAGCGGUGUUUCGACUCAUUGACGAGGGAAAUGAUGCAAGUAUCAAUGAAACAGAUGUCUGGAAGGAGAAUGAAGAAGAAAAUUUUGAUAUCAAUGGUGAUAUUGAAUUUGACAAUGUCAACUUUAGUUAUCCAUCUCGAAAAGAUGUACCAGCUCUACGCAAUCUCUCUUUUGUUGCUCGAGCGGGUCAAACAACUGCUCUCAUUGGUUCAAGUGGCUGUGGCAAGUCUUUUCAAAAACAAAAAUGUCGAAAUGAUCUUAUUUGUUUUCUUAAUGCAUUCAUAGGCAAAAGUACAUGCAUAUCACUAUUUCUUCGUUAUUACGAACCUUCAUCGGGACAAAUAAUGAUUCAUGGUCGACCGAUAACAGCAUACAAUGUCAAACAACUUCGACAAAACAUUGGAGUUGUUAGUCAAGAACCCAUUCUGUUUGGUAUGAGUAUUUAUGAAAAUAUUCGUUUUGGUAAAAUAAAUGCAACACGAGCAGAAAUUGAACAAGCAGCGCGAGAAGCAAAUGCACAUAAUUUCAUCAUGAAAUUAGCAAAUAAAUAUGAAACACUUGUUGGUGAACGUGGUAUACACUUGAGUGGGGGUGAAAAACAAUGUAUUGCAUUAGCUCGUGCUCUUGUUAAACAGCCCACUUUCCUUUUACUGGAUGAAACAACAAGUGCGCUUGAUAAUGUCAGUGAAAAAAUUGUUCAAGAAGCACUUGAUCGAGCAUGCAAAGGUCGUACAACUAUUGUUAUUGCUCAUCGUUUAACUUCAAUUCGAAAUGCGCAUCAAAUAUAUGUAUUAAAUAAUGGAAGUGUGAUUGAGCAAGGUACACCUGAAACAUUAAUGACAAAAGAAGGAGGCAAAUAUCAAGCAAUGGUCAAACGUCAACAAAUAGAAAGAAUCUAUCAUGACACAGAUGAUAUAAUGAGCAUACAAAAAGCAACAGAAGAAGAGGAAAAAUCUAUAAUUGAGCGCUCUCGUUUAUUUAGUGAUAGACAAGUGAUUGAUAUGAACAAACAAAGUUCAAAGUCAUUCAAAGAGACAUUUGUCUUACUAAGACUCUUAUCAAUGAAUAGUCCCGAAUGGAUUACCGUAUUGGUUGGUUGUAUAGCAUGUGUAUUGAGUGGUGCAGCUCAAUCAUUAUCUUGGCGUAUUGCUGCAUCAAUAUCAGCUGCUGAAGCAUUUUUUGAUUUAUUUGAUCGAAAACCAGCUGUGGACAAUACGUUUAAUGAAGAACAUGAAUUGGUUAACUUUCGUGGUGAGAUACAAUUUGAUCAAGUUAAAUUCAUCUAUCCAAUUCGACCAACAUCUAUUAUUCUUAACAAAUUUCAAUUGAAUAUCAAACCAAGUCAACGUGUGGCUCUUGUUGGUAUGUUUCAGUUAAAUGUCUCUUUCAGAUACGAGUUACAUAAUAUAAUUCGUAUAGGUGCAUCUGGAUGUGGUAAAUCAACUAUAAUACAACUAUUAGAACGAUUCUAUGAUGUUACUAGUGGUCGACUACUGCUUGAUGGCCUUGAUAUUCGACAAUUAAACAUUCAUGGGGUUCGUUCUCAUUUUGGUCUUGUCAGUCAAGAACCAAUUUUGUUCGAUUUAACCGUUGCUGAAAACAUAGCAUAUGGCUUAGAAAAUGUGUCAAUAGAAGACAUUAUUGAUGCAGCAAGUAAAGCUAAUAUUCAUCGAUUUAUUGACCAAUUGCCUCAGGGUUAUGAAACGAAAGUAGGAUUGAAAGGUAGUCUUCUGUCAGGUGGUGAGAAGCAGCGUAUUGCAAUUGCUCGAGUACUUCUGCGUCGACCUAAAGUAUUGCUUUUGGAUGAAGCUACCAGUGCCAUGGAUUCACAAAAUGAACAAAUUGUACAAGAAGCACUUGAACAAGCUCAAAUGGAAGAUCCAAGUCGAACAUCGCUCAUUAUUGCACAUCGUCUUUCAACUAUUCGUUCAUGUGAUUUGAUUUGUGUGCUUGACAAUGGACGUAUAGUGGAAAGUGGUACUCAUACAGAAUUGAUACAGCGACGUGGAGCUUAUUAUAAAAUGCUUGCUCAAACAAUUUACGAUGAUCAGUAG